AUGACCCAUUCUUCUAGACGGUGUUGUCUCUAUACAUCUCUUUUCCUGCGGAAACGGGCGGUUGUUUCUCUCUUGUUUCUUCUUAUUCUCUUCGCGGUUGUCUGCACGACACUUCUCUGGACUCAACUCAUGGAAGAUAUCAUUAUCACUACUACUUCAUCAUCGCCAGCAUUACAAAAAAACUCUAAUGAUAAUUCCCAACAACAAGAGGGAAAGUUAAAGGAACAACUCUUACAAUUAGAGAAAAUACAAAAUUUGGAUCUUGUCUCCUAUGUAAGCCGAAUGCUUUCUGUUCUUUCUAGUUUUUUAAAUGAACAAGAAUCUCAUCAUGUAGAUCAUAAGAUCUUGAAUAUUUCCUAUACUCCCCGUAAGGAAAAUACACCGGAGUCUAUUCUCUCUGAUUACUAUGAAAAAGAACUCGCCCAACGAAAUAAUUUCUUUGAACGGACGAUUGAUAGUGAUUACAGUGAAAAUAUUUUACAUUCCGAUUCUUAUUGGGAUCCCAUUCACACCGUACGGCGUGGGUAUGGAAUGGAAGGAAGUAUCUUUGUAGCUUUACUACAUCAAGAGAUGUCUAUCUUUACAAGAAAAGAAGAAGAAGAAAAAGAAGAAGAGAGAAAAGAAAGUGAAAGUGCUUGUGCAAUGACUGUGCAGAAUAUGUAUGAAACUGCACGAUGGCCUAUUGCAAUCUAUACAGGAAUUGUAGAAGUAAUACUAGACACAACAACAACUACUACUACUACCACUAUUCCUACUACUAAUGAAAAUACAGGAAAAGAAGCUGAAGAAGAACAGAAGAAGAAACAACAACAACAACAACAAAGUAAAUGGCCUAAACAACCAAUCUCUGCAUGUAUUCCACGCCUAUAUCGUCAACCCACAUGUGCAGAGGGUUUUGUAUUUUGUCCAUUGGAUAAUAUUCGCCUUCGACAAGUACGAGUGAAUGGAGAAUCCAAUCAAACAACAACAACAUUAUCAUCAUCUAAACAACGUAAUCGUAAACAUCUCUUCUCUUCUAUUGCUGCGCAGCGAUAUGCCACACUGACACUUUACCGUGGAGAGACGUAUGUAAUGUUUCUCCGUGCGGGAUUACUGUUACGUCCACAUUGGGAUAUUCUCACACGUUUAUUAUGGUUACAACUCCCUUCAAACUAUGCGGUUCUUUCACAAUCACCAUUACAUGUGAAUAAAGCUAUUCUGCGUUCCGCAUGGAAUGAGACGAUUGUAAAGAGUGUGAAGAGUAUUAUACUCGCCACUCAACGCAUGCAGAUGGAUAGAAACAAGAACAAUAAUAAUACUAAUAAUACUAAUACUACUAAUAGUGAUAAUAAUAAUAAUAAUAAUAAUAAUAAUAAUAAUAAUGAAAGGAAAUCAGGUGUUUAUAAAUGGUUGGAAAAUGCACGUUGGGCAUUACAUGAAGAUCUCGUACGGUUGGAUGAUCAUCCAACAACUCCUCGUGGACUCACAGAAGAAGAUAUACUACGUUAUCUCUUUACUACUACUUCUUCUUCUAAUAGUAAUAGUAAUAGUGAUAAGAAUAAGAAGAAGGAAAAAGAAGGGAAUACAUCUAAUGUUAAUGGAGAAGAAAUUCGUGAGGAAGUUCAACUGUAUUGGUUAAAUCACUUCCGGAAUGUAUUAUACCCCAUUGUAUUGAGUGCGUUAAGUAACCACAGUGUUACACCGUAUCUCUGUGGUCUAGAGAUGCGAAAAGGUAUGGAAUCUCAACAACAAGAAAAAGAAGAAGAAGAAAAAGAAAAAGAAAAAGAAGAAGUGAAAGAGAAUGAAAAUACAUUAUUGUUAAAGUUACAUAGUGUAAAUGUAAAAAGAUUAAGUCAUGCAUUACAGGAUUUAAAAUAUAUGCAACCUUCUUCUACACAUUAUUGUGAGGGAGAGAGUCAUCCAGCUUGUACAGAUGUAAAGAUGAUGACAAUGAUGGAAGAUGAAAAGGAGAAGAAAUUAAGAGAGAAACCACCUUUUUCAUCAUCCUUUCAGAGAAAUAAUAAUAAUAAUAAUAAUAAUAAUAAUAAUAAUAAUAAGAGUUUACCAUAUCUUCUUCAACCAUGGAUUACGACGGAUUUCUUAUUUACCCGGGCGGAGGCCUUUUUUGAUUUUUCCCAAACUCCAAUGGAUAACUCUCCUCCUCCUCCUAAUAAUAAUAAUAAUAAUAAUAAUAAUAAUAAUAAUAAAGAGAAUAAGAAUAAUAAGAAUAUAGAUGAGAAGAGUAAUGAAAAGAAAACAAAAGGGAGAAGUGUCCCAUUAGACCCGUAUCUUCACUCACUGAUGCGAGAUGAAGAGUCGGUGUUAUUAAGUGCACGGCUUUGGACACAUGGGUGGGAUUUAUUUUCACCGAAUGAACCUAUUGUGUUUCUCGGUCCACACCAACAACAACAACAACAAGAAGAAGAAGAAGAAAAGGAAAAAAGAGAAAAGGAAUCUUUAUCACUUGGUGAAAAGAAAAAUAAAAUAAAAGUCAGUGAGAAAUUAAAGCGUAUGCGAGAACUGAGUUUAAUCCGUUUACGUUUUAUUCUCUUUGGGAUUAGAGAAAGUACGGGAGAAACAGAGAAGGAGAAGAAGAAGAAGAUAUCUUUAUUAGAGUUGGAAACGGAGGCUUUACAGGAUGUCGGGCGGUAUGGCUUAGGCAUUCAUCAAUCACGAGAAGAUCUUUUUCGUUUUGCCGGAAUUGAAAAAGAAAAUGAAAGAAAAGAAGAAAAAGAAGAAAGAGAAGAAGGGAAUGAAAGUCGAAAAAGUAUGAAAGAUUAUUUAUCGUGGUGUAGUGAUUAUGAGUGA